AUGAGCAUUCAUCUCAUCUUCACUGUCGCUGCCGUCUUCGGUAGCUAUCUUGUGAUUAGAGCGUUUCACAAAUUUCAUAGUCUUCGAACUGCUUCUAACGUUAUUCUGGUAAGUUUGUCAACCGCCGACGGUUUACUGGCGAUUCCUUUGAUUUUCGGCAUCGUGCAAAUGAGUCUUAGACUGUUAAACGGCUCUGAUGCUGAGUGUAGCUCCGGUCCUCUUGGAAAAAUAACCUUCAUAUCCAGCUUCUUUCUCAUCUCCGUCAUAAUUCUUCACCUCGCGUUGAUAAGCGUAGAACGUUUAAUCGCCGUGAAGUUCGCCUUAAGAUACCACACCAUAGUGACCAAUCCUCGAGCACUGAUCGUCGCCUUGGCAAUGUGGUUUUUUGCUGCGACCGUUACGAUAACUUUUGCAACGACACUUGUAGCAAACAGUGGAGACAUUGAACGGUUUCGCCAAGCGAUGGAUCCACACUGUAAAAACCCUGAAGAUCCUUUGGAUCACGAUCUUAAUCCGUUAAUGAAAGGGCUUCUCAUCUUUCUAGUAAUGUUUUUGCUAGUCAUCCCCUUGGUAAUCAUUUUGUGCUCAUAUGGCUACAUCUUUAUCGUCUCCUACAAACAAAGGAAAAAUAUAAGGGGACAAAACAACAUUCCAGGAAAGGCUACCGCCAUCAAGCACGAAAUGAAAGGCGCCAAUACUCUUGCUAUUGUUGUAGCCGUCUGCCUUCUCAGUAUCGUCCCACUGAUAAUCGUGACAGGCCUUCGCUUUUUCGGCGAACUUCCCGAACGUUGCGACCCAAAGAGAAAGUUAAUUAAGUUUAUUGUUUUUGACUUAGCAACAGGCUUAAACACCAUCUGUAAUCCUCUUGUCUACGGAUGGAGAAAUGAAAAAUUCAGAACUGCUUUUCGCAAACUGCUGAAGUGCUCUUAAAACGCGAAGUUGUGCGCCGUUGGAAGCUGGGAUAAAAGAGCCUGCUGUUUUAAAUGGAGAAUUUGCCACCAGAAAAAAAAUUACUCGAAUGGGGUCGAACAUUUUCCAGACUUUAGGAGCAGGUUCUGGCAUUAGGUAUUUUGGGAAGAAAAAUAGGAAGAAAAAAAACUGCUGCGGCAUAUUUAAUGCCUUUGUUUUUACAUUAAACACAUGCGUGAUCAGCUUUCAUUAUAUCCAUAUGAAAUUUACAUUGAUCCAAUUUAUCCAAAAGUGACUAAGAUGAGUCCAUAGUUUGCCACAAAAUAAACUGUAAUGGACUAGAGGUUCUGAGAAGCUAACGGCACAUAUCCAGCAAAAGUUGACCUAAGUUUCUCCUUGGGUCUAAAAUAAAAUGCGUUUACUCGAAAAUCCCGCUGAAAUUCAUCCCGGUUUUAAUAAACUAAAUUUCAAGCUUUUGGGCAAUGAUAAUGAGCGUUCUAUUCAGUACAAUGUGUAAGUAAGAUAAAGACGAACUACAAAAAAUUUCCAAGAACUUAAGACUGCGAGCAGUUUUUCAAAAAGAAGUGAUGUUAUUUACCAAAGAAGUGAUGGUCGAUCUAACGAAUGUAGCUCUUAGCCAUAACAGCAAAUACAGUGUGCCGAACACAUUGUUAACACAAAAUCUAAGUAUUGGAUUAUCUUGCUUUUCCUAGAAAAGAAACUUAAAUAAAAACGAAUAGCAAAUACUGUAAGGAAAAAACGGUAUUGAUACACCUCGCCAGGAUACAGUAAAACAAAACUUAUCUGCGGUAAACGAGCGAGGCACAAAAUAGAUACCAGUUCUCGACCGAGAAAAACUAUCACAUGAGAUCGAGGUCAAAUGAGCCAGCCAGCCAGCCCAAGAUUUCGUCCAAACCGUGAAAUAAUAUGGCAUCCAGGGCCCAGUUGCUCGAAGCAUGGUCAGCGUUAACCAGCGUUUAAUACCUUGACAACGUAUUGGUUUUGAUGCUGCUUAACCAAUGGUUAAAGCUAACCAUGCUUUGAGCAACUCAGCCCAGAACGAUACCUACCCGCGCGACUGUAGGGACCUUAAGAUCCAACGACACGAACGACAACAAGAACGUCAAAAAACAAUAGGUUUAAUUAGCAAAACAACAACUUCGCACGUGCAUCACACUUUUUUGUACAUUUCUUUCCCGUUUUUGCACAACUGCGACGUGAAAAUGCCUAAUUUCGCGUUUUAUGGCGAACGUAAUCAAGCAACGACGAAAUUUUACUUCUCUUUCUAAGCUUGAAUAUGAUCCUUUGAAAUUCAGCUUCAGGAGUGGGUAGGAAUAAUCGCUAUAAAGACUGAAAGAACGCAAAUUCACUUUUUAAGCGACGUUCUUGUCGCCGUCGUGUCGUUGGAUCUUAAAGUCCCUAGUGUAAAUCCCGCGGGAAAAGAAAAGCGACUCUAAUAGUAUGCGGUCUCCUAAUUCCUCAAACUGGAAAUAAACACUCUUCCAGUUAAGCAGAAUGAUAUACUAAUUUUAAGCACCUUCUGUACGCUUCAAACAGAUCGCCGCUGAGUGAUUUAAGAGUCCUAUUUUUGUAUGAAGUCUCUGUAAAAUAUUCCUAUUAAAGGAACUGCCCGUGGGUUCUGAAAUUCGAAAAAGAAAAGUGUCAAACUAAGUUUUGCAGCCAUAUUUGGGUGUUUGCCAAUUUUUCCUGUUUGGUCGCCUCUUUUCUUUACAUGAACACCUGUAGAAAUAUGGACGUUCUUCAUUGUAUCUAUUCCGCUCCAAACGUCUUCCGCUCUUUAAUAAGUUUAAUUUGUUACAAAUGUCGCCAGUAAGUAUGAAUUUAAUUUAUCUCUCCUUCCGAAUUCAUCAUUUUCCUACAUAGUGGUUUACGCGUUUCAAUUGAUUUUUAAUAACACAGCUUCAUAAAGUUAGAAAUGGAAACGGACGUUUCCUAGUCGCUUGAUUAAUGGCUCAAAAACGAAGGUGUCGAGCCAGUGUAUCUACUUCCUUGAACAAAAACAAUUUCUGUUCAGCUGACAGCUGACAGUGCAUAGUAGAAUUUAAAACGGCUAUUUUAAGCCGAAACUUAUCCACAGUCGCAAAGAAACAGGACCCAUGCAUUUUUUAUGCGUGAAACAGGUUCUGAUGUUGAUAUUAAUAAACUGACUUGAUAGUCUCUUAAAUAAUAAUAAUAAUAAUGAUAAUAGUAAUAAUGAUAAUAAUAACAAUAAUAAUAAUAACAACAAUAAUAAUAACAAUAAUAAUAAAAACAAUUAUAAUAUUAAUAAUAAUAAUUAUUAUUAUUUUAGUAAUAAUCAGUAAUAAUAAUAUUAAUUCAAAGGAGUAUUUAGGAGAGGUUUUCAGACCUGCUAAAAAGCUCGCACUUCGUACAUGUUCGGCUGUUCCUUGUUUUUCAAACUCAGUAAGACGCUCUUACUAGUUUAUGAAACUUUCAAAGCCUGCUGUUACAACUAAUUUUUAUUAAGAGUGCCACAGUUGUUUUGUUUUUCUUUCUAGGCCAAAUAUAAGGUUCUUUUUUAUGAAUUAUAAGUUGACUCUGUACAAAUUCAAUUCACCGUUGAACGCAGUCAGGUGUUUAGUAUAAAUUAAGAACACUGCGUGAUAACUAGUUUUAUUUGCUCAACUCUAUACUAUGCAAUUUUGACAUCCUAUUUACUUUCUUAAUGGAUUCUCAAUGAAUUAGCGAGGACAUUUAGAGUUUGACGUUGUAGAAAGUAAUUAAGACAGUUACCCAACGUUAACCUGUAUAUUAUAUGGACAAUCAUGUUUAUUUGGUUUUUGGUCAAUAGAAAUGGUUUAAUUCUACCUUUAUUGCAGUUGCGUCGAAUUUUGUUUCGACGCUAUUAAAACAAAAGGAACAUCAUCAAUAGUUGUUAUCGUUAUCUAAUAUCCUUUGAUCAUACACAGAGUUGGGUUCACCUGGCCAUGGCUGAAUAUUUAUAUAGUUUGAUUAUGAUACGAAACGGAACAACAGUGGUAAGAGUAAGUGUUCCGAAAACGAUAGAUAACAUAGGUGGCACAAUUUUCCUCCCGCAAUGCCGAACUGGAUAUUUAUUCUAAAGUUGAACGUUUGUGGGAUUAUCACAGUCGCUGCCGUCCUCGGCAGCUAUUUCGUGCUAAGAGCGUUUCACAAAUUUCGCAACUUGCGAACUGCUUCCAACAACAUUUUGGUGAGUUUGUCUAUCGCCGACGGCUUAAUAGCGAUUCCCUUGAUUCUUGAUAUCAUUUUGUAUAAUGUUGGAAAUCGUAAUUUAAAAGAAGUAAGCGGAACUGUCACCUUGUUCCUCCUUUCGGUCAUUGUUCUUCAUCUCACCUUACUGAGUUCAGAACGUUUCAUCGCCAUCAAGUUCGCCUUAAGAUACCACACCAUAGUGACCAAACGCCGAGCACGGAUCGUUUCCAUCGCGAUGUGGCUGUGGGCUCUGGUCAUUGUUAUUGCUCUUCCAUGGACGCUUUAUGGGACAACAGGCCACAAAGAUUACAGAGAAUUUCACAUAGGGAUGCAUCCAGAUAGUGAUAAAGCCCAAGAGCUCCCCAUCAGAUGGCAUCUUGUAUUGACAGCUGCGUCAAUGUUUCUUGUUCCCCUGUUGAUCAUGAUAUGCUCGUACACCUACAUCUUCAUAGUGUCCCACAAGCAGAGACAACGUGUCAGAAAACAGGGCCGCGACGUUCCAGGAAUGCCAACUAUCAAGCACGAAAUGAGAGGCGCCCGAACUCUCGCCAUUGUUGUGGCGCUGUGUCUGCUGAGUAUCAUUCCUAUCCUUGUUGUGACAUCCCUCCGAGUUUUCUGGCGCACAUUACUCGUAGGCCCCUACCAUCAAACGUUACUGCAGCAUAUCGUUUAUAAGGUGGCCAUGCUUUUGAACGCUGCAUGCAAUCCUCUUAUCUAUGGAUGGAGAAAUGAGGAAUUCAGAAACGCUUUUCGCAAGAUGCUAAAGUGCUGCUAA